AUGACACACACAACUCACACAAUUAUAGUGAUACUAUCCCUCAUUUUAACCAUAAAAUCAAGCACAGUAUCCCAUUUGGAAAUAACUGAUCUGAAUAAUAAUCCCGCAAUAUUUGCGAUAAAAGUGGGAAAAGUUUUUAUAAAACAAGGUUACCAUAAAUUAAUUCACGAAUUCAAAUUACAUCCUUUUCAUUUGAUACUAAGACAAUAUGAAACAAUAAUCGCAGAAUUAGACCAAAAUCCACAAUUAGAAGAAAUAUUAAAAAUCCUGAAACAAAAACACAGACAAGCUAGCCUGAUUUUACAAAAAUUAACUUCUAAAAAUAGACAAAAAAGAAGCAUAGAGCUUCUAGGCACAAUUAUAAAAACAAUCACCGGUAACCUUGAUAACGAAGACCUUGUAAUGCUGAACAAUCAGAUAAGCUCAUUAAAAAAUUCAAACAAUUUGUUAAUAACAGAAAAUAACGAACAAAUCAAAAUUAAUAAUAUUUUUGAAAAAAGAAUUAAUAACCUGACUAGAGAAGCGUAUAGACAGUCAAUAGAAAUUAGUAGUUUUAUCAAACAAGCGAAAAUGAGCUUAGACAGGGCACUCGAUUGGCAACACAUGCUGCACCUUCACAACAUAGUCUUCAAUCUGGACACAAUUCGCUAUCAACUGGAUACCAUAUUCGAAGCUAUCCAACUUUCCCGACUUGGUGUAAUCUCAACGGCGUUGUUAUACCCCACGGAACUAGAACUGGCAACCCAACUUUUAAAAUCACAGGAAAUCGAAAUCACAAGCUAUGAUCAAACGUACGAAUAUCUGGAAAUGAUGGCACUCCAUAAUGACUCUUCUAUAGUUUUUGUUGUCAAAAUACCAAGGCUAAGGAACGAGAGUUAUCAAUUACUUCGCAUCGAACCAAUACCAAUCGAUCAAAAGUCAAUCAAAAUCAACAGCAAAUUCGCCAUCACUGGCGAGGAUGAAUCAUUCCUAUCAGAUGAAAAAUGCAAUCAAAUCGAAAACACAUUCUUGUGCAACAUCGAAAAACUUACCAACGUUACAUGUGAUGAGUGUUAUCAUCAGCUACUCCGUGGUAAACCAAGCAAAUGUACAUUCAUCAGUGAUACGAGUACCUCAGCGAUUAAAAUCAUGGAAAACAAUGGCAUUUUGGUAAAGAACGCGUUCAUCCCCAUACAGCUCAACAAUACAUGUGGAUAUGGACCAAAAAAUCUUACUGGAAUGUUUUUCAUAACAUUCAACAACUGUUCUAUUAGCAUUAGAAACACCCGCUUUGACAGCAAAGUGUUUAGGUUCGACAAGAAACCCGACAUUCUUCCGCUACACUUCGUUACCGUCAACAAAACGAAUAUAAUAGUGGAACCAAUGGAGAUGCUACAUGAUUUACAAACCAAUAAUCGCCACAGGAUAAAUCAUCUGGAAAUUAUUAACAAAAAAACUAGCCUGGUAAACUAUGGAAUCAUCGUCAGUAUAGUCUUGUUUGCGACUAUAUUUUUCGCACACGUCAUGAAAGAAAUUUGUUCGAUCAGGAAAUUCCUACGGAUCCAACAACCCAGCUCAACGCAGUAA